AGAGAGAGAGAGAGAGAGAGAGAGAGAGGAAAGAGUCAAGAGAGCCCCAAUUUUCGCGCAUUGUGAUCGAAUUUGCGGCGCUGUUGAAUCGAGCGAUUGGAUUCGGACGAUUCAGGAGCUAGGGUUCUGUGAUUGGGCUUCGUUUGAGAGUCGCGAGGACUCGUUAGAUGACAAGGGUGGCUCGUGAUUAUGGAGACAAACUGCAUAAUGAGGCAUUUCGAUCUGUGCCGUUGCAUACCAAUUUCCUUAUGAAUAGAUUCCCAAACUACAAGAUUGGGACGAAAAAUAUUGCAAUCGAGCCCAACGGCGACCCAGAGGUGCCGCCUCUUAAAGAGAUUGUCGCCAAGGAGACCGCCGACCUGCUGGAUCGUCGCCAGCGUCUUUCUGUUCGUGAGCUUGCUAAAAAGUUUGAGAAGGGCCUAUACACUGCCACUUUGUUGUCUAAUGAGGUUAAAUGGGGGCAGGUGGCUUUGUUGGAAAGAGAUGUACUUGUGGAUAAACUAAGGAAUGUAUUGGACUCGCUGAGAGGACGUGUGGUUAGCAAAAAUAGGGAUGAACUUGAGUCUUCUAUAUCUAUGGCGGAGAAAUUAGCAGUUCAGCUGCCUCAAAGAGAAGGAGAGUUGCUUCAGCAGAAAGCAGAAGUGAAAAAGUUAGCAACCUCUCUUAAACUGGCUUCUGAAGAUGCCAAAAGAAUUGUUGACGAAGAAAGAGUCAAUGCCCGUAUUGAGAUUGAAAGUGCUAGGGCAGCAGUGCAAAGAGUACAACAAGCCCUUCAUGAGCACGAAGAAUUAUCUCGAAGAACAGAGAAGCAGGAUGUGCAAGAACUCAAGACAGAAGUUCAGGCGGCCCGAAGAAUCAAAAUGCUUCAUUAUCGCAGCAAGGUGAUGGACAUGGAAAAUGAGAUUCAAGUACUACGGGCUCAGUUUGCUGAGAAGGCUUCACUUUCUGUCCAGCUUCGCAAAGAGCUCACAAUGCGCAAGAGUCCCAAGGAGAACAAGGAUCGCAUAUAUGAGUUGGAGGGUCUCGAAAGUUUAGGCUCGUGCUUGCAUAUUAUUCGUCGGACUAAUACUGCUCCAAACGUAUCUGAUUGUUUAAUCCAAUGGUACCGUAUACAGCCUGUGGGAAGCAAGAUAGAGUUAAUUUCAGCAAUUAAUAUCUCAGGGGCUACUAAACCGGUAUAUGCUCCAGAACCGUUUGACGUUGGGCGAUUCCUGCAGGCUGAAAUAACUUUCGGUGAUGACAGUGUAACAGUGAAGACUGCUGGCCCAAUAGAUCCUGCUGCAGGGUUGGGAAGUUACGUAGAAGAACUUGUUCGGAAACCUGAAACUGAGUUCAAUGUUGUUGUUGUUCAAGAGAAUGGGAAUGAUUGUGAUGUAGAUCCCAUUCACGUCCUUAAUAUUGGAAGGCUGAGAAUGAAACUUAGUAGAGGAAAGGCGGUUGUUGCAAAGGAAUUCUAUUCCUCAUCGAUGCAGCUAUGUGGUGCUCGAGGCGGUGGAAAUGCUGCAGCUCAGACGCUCUUCUGGCGGCCUAAGAAAGGCCUUCACUUAACCUUAGCCUUUGAGUCAGUGAGAGAACGGAAUGCGGCGAUCAUGCUGGCUCGGAGGUUCGCCAUCGAUUGCAAUAUCAUGCUUGCUGGGCCAGGUGACAGGACUACAGGGUGAAGUUGAUUUGAUUUUAUCAUAGUGUGAGAAUGUUAAAUUUUAUGUUAAUUUUUUUUUUCUCUUUUAAUAUGUAGAUUUGUGUGGGUGCUAGUGAGGAAAGUUGAGUAGAAUUUGUAUCAUUUCUUCUUUUUUUUUUUCCCCCUGUUUUCAAGUGGUGAGCAGCAUCAAGGCAUCAUUUUAUUCGCCUUGUUGUUUAGGUAAUUGUAUCAGUUUGUGUUUGUUUUCUUUGCGCAAGGAGCUUGUUGUGAAAGUGCAGAGAUGUGAGAUUGAUAACAUUUUCUGGAUUUAUACGGAUUCGAAUUUGAAUUGUUUUUCAGUGGCUUUGAUGUUCUAAUGAAAGUUUCCUUUUU